AUGGAUGAUGCUUACAAGGUACGGUCGGAUUGGUUUCACCAUGGAGAUGGUAGCUCUGUUGAUUUAGGGGAUGUUAAAGAUAGAUGCUGGAAUGCUGAGAUUCUUAGUUUAUAUGAAGCUGCAAACUGUCUAGAUGAGGAUUUAGCUAACCGGGGGUCACAGUUACGUGAGUCAGUUGAGGGUGAGGACAGGAAAGAAGAUGAGUUUUUAGCAAAACUUGCAGAGGCUGAAACCCCCUUGUAUCCGACGUGUUCGAGUCAUAGCAAGCUAUCAGCUGUAGUUUCAUUGUUUAGGAUUAAGUCUCAGAAUGGGUGGUCAGACAAGAGCUUUGAUGACUUGCUGCAAACAUUGCCAAAUAUGUUACCUGAAGACAAUGUGCUGCACACAUCAACUUAUGAUGUCAAGAAGUUCUUGAAAACUUUUGAUAUGGGAUAUCAAAAGUUUCAUGCUUGUGUUAACGACUGCUGCUUAUUUAGAAAGAAGCUGAAGACGGCUGAGAGUUGCCCAACAUGUAAAGCGUCUAGAUGGAAGACCAACAUGCAUACUGGUGAAAUCAAGAAGGGUGUUCCACAGAAGGUUUUGAGAUAUUUUCCAGUGAUACCUCGUCUGAAAAGGAUGUUCAGAUCGGAGAAACUUGCAAUGGAUUUACGAUGGCAUUUCAAUAACAAGAGCAUAGAUGGGAAACUGCGCCAUCCAGUAGACUCUGUUACUUGGCAGUCAAUGAAUGACAAGUAUCCGUCGUUUGCAGCGGAGGAGAGGAAUUUGCGACUUGGGCUUUCAACAGAUGGGUUUAAUCCCUUUAGUAUGAAGAGCAGCCGAUACAGUUGCUGGCCUGUGUUACUGGUGAAUUACAACAUGGCUCCUGACCUAUGUAUGAAGGAGGAGAACAUAAUGCUCAGUCUGCUGAUUCCAGGACCACAUCAACCGGGCGAGCCAGCAUACGAUGCAGUUAGUAAGACUACCUUUACCCUUAAGGCAAUGCUACUUUGGACUAUUAGUGAUUUCCCGGCUUAUGGGAAUCUUGCUGGUUGUAAAGUGAGGGCUGGGAAAAAGAGGGCUACUCGAGUUAACAUACCAUCUGAUAAUGAGGAGGAACUAAGUGGAUCUGAUGAGGAUGAAGAUGUCGGAGAUAAAGACGAAGAGGAAUUGUCUAGAUGGAAAAAACGUUCCAUUUUUUUCUCAUUGCCUUAUUGGGAGGAGCUUCCUGUUCGGCAUAAUCUAGACGUUAUGCAUGUGGAGAGGAAUGUGCCUGCAAGCUUGAUUGCGACAUUGUUACAUUGUGGCAAUUCAAAGGAUGGUCUAAAGGCUAGAAAGGAUCUUGAAAGUCUUGGUAUCAGGAAGGAUUUGCAUCCAAAAGCUCAGGGAAAAAGGACAUUACUUCCACCAGCUCCCUGGUCUUUAUCAAAGUCAGAGAAACACAUCUUCUGUAAGCGGCUCUAUGAUUUUAAAGGUCCUGAUGGCUACUGUGCUAAUAUAUCUAGUUGUGUAUCAUUAGAGGAGUGUAAGGUGAUGGGACUCAAAUCUCAUGAUUACCACGUCCUAAUGCAACAACUGCUGCCAGUAGCAAUCAGGGGCUUACUACCUAAGGGUCCUAGGGUAGCCAUUCUCCGCUUAUGCAGAGAAGCUCGACUUGGUGGUCCGGUCCAUUUCCGAUGGAUGUAUCCAUUUGAAAGGUAUAUGAAAGUCUUGAAAGACUAUGUCAGAAACACAGCAAGACCAGAGGGGUGUAUAGCUGAGUCUUAUCUUGCAGAUGAGUGCAUGAAGUUCUGCUCGGCUUUCUUGACUACUUCAACAAAUGUACAAGAAAAAGAGGACAGAAACACUGAGUAUGAGAGUCAGUCCAUCCUCGAAGGUCGUCCUAUAUCAGCCGCCCGCUCAUUCCAGUUUUCGGAUGCCGAGUUAAAAAUAGCUCAUCUUGCUGUAAUACAGAACACGGCCAUGGUGGAUCCAUAUAUUGAUGCUCAUUUACAACAUCUACAAGACUCAAAUGGUAGAUGUCAAAGGGAUGCAACUUAUUUAUGGCGUAUGCACACUGAAAAAUUUGCAGCGUGGCUAAAGCAACAGAUAUCUAUUGAUUCACCUGAUGAGGAAGACACUCUGAAGUGGCUGGCUUAUGGUCCUCGUAGUAUAGCCAGAUCUUACACAGGAUACAUUGUGAAUGGGUUACGAUUUCACACAAAUGUGGUCCAUAGGCUAAGUCAGAAUAGUGGUGUUUACUAUGAGGCAACAGCAAUGUGUAGAUCUAGUGCAAAGGACACAGCUCAGGUGGUCGACGUUGUAUCCUACUAUGGGAGAGUAGUUGAUAUUAUAUUACUAGACUACAAUGGCUUCUACGUCCCAAUAUUCAAGUGUGAGUGGGCAGUUAAAGGUAACGGUGUGAAAGUGGAGGAUGGCUUUACGCUGGUUAAUUUUAAUCACAGCCACAUAUCCUUUGCAAAGGAUCCAUUCAUUUUAGCAUCUCAAGCGAGACAAAUAUUUUACUCAAGGGACACAGAUGAAUCGAGUUGGUAUGUAGUUAUGAAGGGUCCAUGUAGAAGAUACAGUGAUGAGAAACCUGAAGAUGGACAUGCAGAUGUAGGACCACUGCCUUCGGAUAUAGAUAUGUGUCUUGAAGACAUAUCAGAUGAGGCUGAGAAUGUCAGAGAUGAUUGUGAAGGAAUAUACGUUUGA